AGCUUGAAGAUUAAAAGUCAGCAGACUUUCACUGUGGAUAGAAGACUGAAGAAGAAAUAGACAAAAGAGUUUCUCACUGGAGGGAGAGACUGCACGUGCUGAGAAUCAAGUCAGGAUGUUUGUUCUGAUCUGGGCAUCUUUCUUUUUGUGUAAAAGAGUCAGUAAUGCUGAAACAGGCACAUCACAACAAUGCAGUGGACAAUACUGCAUCGCACUUAGUGAGACACUAACAGCAGAGGCUGGACUCUGUGUUGUGAUCCCGUGUUCUUUCACUACUGCUUUUGGAUUUACACCCAAACAUAUAGUUUGGUACAAAUGUGAAGCAUAUUCAAGAUGUGACUAUGAUCACGAAAUAAUAUUUCACAGCAACAAAAACAAUAUCCGUGUUCAGUAUGGCUUUGAAGGACGUGUGUCACUCUUAGAGCCUGAUAUAAGACAGAACAACUGCAGCAUCAUCAUUAAUGAUCUCAAAGAGUCGGAUUCUGGAUUGUAUCGGAUCAGAGUUAAUGGUGAACGGAAAUGGAGAGAAGAUGGAUUUGCAUCUAUUCAAAAGACAACUGUCUCAGUUGAAGGUCUUAGUCAGAAACCCAGAGUUAAGAUUCCCACACUGACUGAGGGACAGCAGGCCACACUGACCUGCACUGCUCCUGGUCUCUGCUCUGGAUCUGUUCCUGAAAUCACCUGGACAUGGAGAGGAGCAGGAGGGACUGAAUCUUACAUUACAGGAAGCAGCACUUCUUUCAGGACUAAAACUCUAACUGCUUUCACACAAAGACACAUUUCAACUCUGACUUUCAACUCCUCUGCUGAACACCACAACACCAAUGUCACCUGUAAAAUCCGCUUCACUGGAGAAAAAACUACGGAGGAGGGUUCAACUUUAAAAGUAAACUAUGUUAAGGAAGUUAACAUCACUGGGGGCACAAAUGUGAAGGAGGGUGAAACUCUGAACCUGAUCUGCAGUGUUGAAAGUUUUCCUCCAUCUCUGAUUAUGUGGUCUAAACUUGGUUCUGAUAUAACCCUGCACAAUGACACUGGAUCAGCCACACUCUAUAUAAUUAAUGCUACAACUGAACAUUCUGGACAGUACGUCUGUACAGCAAAGCAUAUGAACAAUAUCCUGCAGGAAAACAUCAAUAUAACAGUGAUGUCUCGUGUGAAACACUGUGGUUCUUACAGUACAGUUCUUCCCUGGAUUGUUGCUGGUGUAUCUCUCACUUUGAAUGCCUUCUGCAUAACCUACAUAUGGUUCCUCUGGAAUUCAAGAAAAAAGGUGAACCUACAUCAGGAGGAGAGAACCUACAUGUCACUGCAAAAAGCAGAUGUGUCACCAGAUUAUGAUGUUCUUGCACAACAUAUAAACUGAAAAGUCAGGCGUCAGAUUUCCAGUCACAAGUUUCAGAAAGCUGUGCUGUUGUAAUGGCAGUCUGUUAUUGUUUUGUUAUUUUUUACAUUGCAUUGUAGGGAAUGUUUUACAUGUAAUAAACUACACUUUUUAUUUCAACUUAUACAUAGAGUCCAUUAAAAUUGUAAACAAAGGAGUCUGAAAGGCAGAACAACAGAAGACCACUAAGAUUUAUAGCACACAAAACGGAUGCUGAUUGGCUCAGAGAAGGCCGGCAUGAUCAUCCAAUGAUGUCAGCACUGAGUUUGACAGCAUGACAAGGUAGAAAUUAUGAAAAGAAAAGACUAGCAGCCAAACAUCCAGAAAGUCAGGCAGAGGAAUAAUUACAGAGAUGAAUAUAUCACCUGGAAAAUGACACAAAAAAAGUUUACAACUCCACCUUGAACUUUUCCUAAGAAAUCAUCCACAGGUACAAAUUAGAGGCAACAAUCUUUUUAAAUCAGGGGUCUCAAACUUGAGCUGUGGGCCACUGCUGGCACUCAUUGGAUUACCACUUAAUGUUUAAGUAAUACAAAAAACCCAAACAAACAAACGAGAAAACACCUGCCAAACCUUUUGAAAAUGUGGUGUUUUGUUUGCUUUUCUAAAAAAAAAAAAAAAAGUUUUAUUUAAAAAACAUGAACAACAACUAGCAUGAAAGCCUGGGUACCACCGUGAGGUAGCUGACAACAGAGUGAAGGGCUGAGCUUGUCUUAAAUGUCAUUCUGCUGAUUGCCAUUGAUGGAUCACUGGCUGCAGAAGACCACUGAGAAAGGCUGCAGCAGAUGGCCGCCCCUCCCUGAGCCUGGUUCUGCCGAAGGUUUCUUCCUGUUAAAA